UUCCCCCAAUCCGACACUUAAUUGAGCAACCGGGACACCUCACGUGCAGGACUGAUUUGUAGUUUGAACACGUGGCUCAUUGAAAACGGCAGAAGAACUUAAGGGUUUUUUUUGUUUCCCGUUCUCUCGAUGUUAUUAAGAGGCGGUGCCUACACAAACGUGUGUGACAAUUUAGUCGCAUCGCCAAAGAAUAAAGAAACUUUCUCUCUUUUCUUCCCGGCCCUUGCCUCGCAGAGGUGACGGAAUAAAUAAUUUAUCUCGCUUAAAUCAAGAGGAAACGCGAGUGCGCGCAAGCACGGCGGCGAUCUCGUCCAUCAAAUAUCUCAGUAGCUUGGAGUGAUUGGGAGAACACUCCCAGACCCUCCGCUGAGCGACAGUGCGGUUCUCUCUCUCCAAACACUGCCCAUCCGAGCGACGCGAUAAAGGGCUGCCCCUCUGCAACACGGUCGCUCUUUUCCGUAUACAACAAAAUGAAUAAGCUCUACAUCGGGAACGUGAGCGAGCAGGCGAGCGCGCUGGACUUGGAAAGUAUCUUUGAGCAGUGGAAGAUACCUUUCAGUGCACCCUUUCUCGUAAAAAGUGGCUACGCGUUUGUGGAUUGCCCCGACGAAAAGGUAGCGAUGAGGGCCAUUGACACUCUUUCAGGGAAAGUAGAACUCCACGGAAAAGUCUUAGAAGUGGAGCACUCUGUCCCUAAACGACAAAGGAGCUGCAAGCUGCAGAUCAGGAAUAUCCCACCUCACAUGCAGUGGGAAGUUUUGGACGGGUUGUUAGCACAGUACGGCACAGUGGAGAGCUGUGAACAAGUCAACACUGACACGGAGACUGCUGUCGUCAACGUGCGAUAUGGCGCCAAGGACCAAGCCAGAGAAGCAUUGGACAAAUUAAACGGCUUCCUUAUGGAGAACUACGCACUAAAGGUUUCCUAUAUCCCAGAUGAGACGGCUGCAGUAGAUGCCCCUGCGGUAGGCGGAAGGAGAGGUUUCAACCCACGCGGACCGCCUCGCCAAGGCUCUCCCAAUCUGGGCGCGAGACCCAAACUACAGUCAGACGUGCCUCUACGCAUGCUGGUGCCCACCCAGUUUGUAGGAGCUAUUAUUGGCAAGGAAGGUGCUACCAUCCGCAACAUAACCAAGCAGACUCACUCAAAGAUUGAUAUCCAUCGUAAGGAGAACGCAGGGGCAGCGGAGAAGCCCAUCACUGUUCACUCCACACCAGAGGGCUGCAGUUCUGCCUGUCGAAACAUCAUGGAGAUCAUGCAGAAAGAGGCGAUUGACACCAAGAUGUGCGUUGAUACACAAACACUCACUGAAGAAAUCCCUCUGAAGAUUCUGGCUCAUAAUAAUUUUGUCGGCCGCCUGAUUGGAAAAGAGGGACGCAACUUGAAGAAAAUUGAACAAGAUACUGACACGAAGAUCACAAUCUCACCGCUGCAGGAUCUGACGUUGUAUAACCCAGAGCGCACCAUCACCGUAAAGGGUACAAUAGAAGCUUGCGCAAAAGCAGAAGAAGAAAUCAUGAAGAAAAUCCGUGAGUCCUACGAGAACGAUGUAGCUGCCAUGCAUCUACAAUCUAACCUGAUUCCAGGGCUCAAUCUGAACGCGUUGGGUAUUUUUCCCGGUGCUGCGAGCGGAGGGAUGUCACCCUCUGUGGUAUCAGGACCUCCAGCUGGGGCUCAAGCUGGCUAUCAAUCAUUUGGGUGCAGCGUGUUUGGGGGUGAGGUGCCAUUUUGGGCCUCCACGCUCUCCUCCAGCAGCAGCACAGCCUUUUCUCAGCCACAGGUGGAGUCGGAAACCGUGCACCUCUUCAUUCCUGCUCUGGCAGUUGGUGCUAUAAUCGGCAAGCAGGGCCAGCACAUUAAACAGCUCAGCCGCUUUGCUGGUGCGUCAAUCAAAAUUGCACCUGCUGAUGGGAUUGACACCAAGCAAAGAAUGGUCAUUAUUACUGGACCACCAGAGGCACAGUUCAAGGCUCAGGGACGUAUCUUUGGGAAGUUAAAAGAGGAGAAUUUCUUUGGACCGAAGGAGGAGGUUAAAUUAGAGGCUCACAUAAAAGUGCCAUCAUUCGCCGCUGGCAGAGUCAUUGGCAAGGGAGGCAAAACGGUGAAUGAACUACAGAACUUGACCAGUGCAGAGGUGGUUGUCCCACGGGACCAGACGCCUGAUGAAAAUGACCAAGUAGUAGUAAAAAUCACAGGCCACUUCUAUGCAAGCCAGCUGGCCCAGAGGAAGAUCCAGGAGAUUAUCUCUCAGGUGAGGCGGCAACAGCAGCCCAAGGCCUCAGCCGCAGGUCCACCAGUCGCCCGGAGGAAAUAGAGCCACUACGUCUUCUCGGAGACUGAAAGGACACAGGACACGUCCAUCUCAGGGGUCAGGGAAUGUCCUUACAACCCCGCCCGCUUUUACACCCAUUCCUCCUGAAGUUUCAGUGAGAUUGCGUACACCUGCACUUCCCUGCACCACAAUCCCGCCCCCCUCAAAAACAAAUCUUACGAAAAUCAGCCACCCAGUCCUUGCCUUAAUACAGUAACUGCACAGACCUUAAUUGACAGACAGUAAAAAGUUCAAUUUUGUUACGAGUUUAUCGGGAAAUGCAGCGUUUGAGUGUAAAAGGCUUUUAAAGCCUGUUUUUAGGGUAAGGAAUGGGUGACACAGGGUGGGGUUUAAGGUCUUUGGCUUGAGAUGGAAAGAGGAUUAAUGGAAGUACGCUGUCCUGGGAUCCAUAGUGGCAUUUUAUAACUUUGGAUGCAUUUUAUAGAUUAAAUAGAUAUAUAUACAUAUAUGAAAUUAUGAAAGAAGGUGGAGCAACACUGCCACUUAUAACUGAGGGAAGUGUUGAUUGGUGUUGGCCAGGAAACCAAGUUAAUAUGCAUUUUACUGAUCUACCUCAGGCUAGAGUACCUCAGAAGAAAAAAAAGAAAAUGAUAUAUGAAAAAAAUGUUCUGUUGUUUUUUUUUUUUUUUUUUUUUUUUUUUUUUUUUUUUUUUUUUUUUUC